AUGGUCGUGAGCUAUUAAUUAAUUAUUAUUAAUGGCAUUUUCAUUAAUUAACUCAUAUCUUCGUCAAAAAGGCGCAUGGGCCCAAACCAACUUGGGGUUUUUCACUACUGACUAUUUCCUACAUGAUGAAAAUAGUCUGAGUCGAAAAGCUUUUAAUCACCUUGAGAGGUUCCCUCGUUAGUUAUGUGGAACACGUUUUUGCGAAUCAACAUUCUCCAGGUCUACCAAGCGAGAUCAAUGUAUAAAUAUAAACAUCAUGUACUGUAAAAGAACUACUCAACUGGUACGAUAAAGCAUCGUAUAUCCCUAUCACACUUAUACUGUAGACUUUACUGAUCACCGUGAACAAGGACGUCGCUUGCACAAUGAAGCCAUUAUUUGUCCUUUUUCUGAAGAUACAUUUACUUGUAAGUACUUACAUCACUUAACAAGUAUUUAUUAAGUAAAACUACAAGUGCUUUUAUAAAGUAUAGUAUUUCGUCGUAAUAAAACCAAGUAUUCAACCUUGAAGAAGUACUUGUAAAAGUUCAUGGCAAAGAAGUAGUUUUGAAUAUACUUGCUAAUUUCUCCAAGUAUCUAUCAAGCAAUCAAAUAUUUGAAUCAAGUGCGUUCUCUAGGACAAUACUUAACGUAAGAUUAUGUUUCAUAAAGCAACCUUUUUAAUAAGUUGUAUAAUCAAAAGUGGAGACUUCCAUUUUACUCUAGAACAUAUAGUGGAUGAAGUCGUUUCAAAUUUCCAACAAGCAGCAUUUAUAAAAGAGUUCGGUUAGGUCAAACAAAUAGACAGUUGUUAUUGUGUUUCCAUUUUUGAGACAGACUAAGCCAGUAAAAACAGUCAUGAUGGAGAAAUGAAUCAUAAAUUAGUCAAUUAGUCUUCUAAUUGGUAUUUUUACUUUCUAACGAAAAUUAUGUGUUUGUCUGUUGAGCGAUUGUAUGCAUGAAACUCAGUAAAACAAAAGUAUUGUUUUUCGAAACUUUGUCAAUCAAAUACUAUCACUCGUCGCUUUGGUGCUCAUUUUUGAGUUAAAUAGAGUUUUGUAACAUGCUUGACCAUUGUAAAUAUUGUUUUUUUCAGAUAAUUAGAAUUAACUCUCCUAUGGCUAUUCGUGUGUUAGUUGGUGUGAAACGUGCUAUUGAUUAUGCCGUUAAAAUCCAAGUUAAAUCAGACAAAUCGGGAGUAGUUACCGAUGGAGUAAAACAUUCAAUGAAUCCAUUUGACGAAAUAGCAGUUGAAGAAGCGAUACGUUUAAAAGAGAAAAAAGUGGCACAAGAAGUUAUUGCUGUUUCAUGUGGACCCCAACAAUGUCAGGAAACACUUCGUACAGCUUUGGCAUUGGGUGCUGAUCGUGCAGUGCAUGUUGAAGUGUCCGGUAAAGAUUAUGAAAUGUUACAGCCAUUGGCUAUAUCCAAAAUAUUGGCAGCAGUAGCGAAGAAGGAGAACGUCGAUUUAAUAUUAUUAGGAAAAUUAGCAAUUGAUGAUGAUUCUAAUCAAGCCGGACAAAUGGUAGCGGGAUUAUUAUCUUGGCCACAGGCCAUGUUUGCAUCAAAAAUUGAAAUAAAAGAUAAAAAAGCUGAAGUGACACGUGAAAUUGAUGGCGGUUUAGAAACAGUUCGUGUUACUUUACCAGCUGUUAUUACAGCAGAUCUAAGAUUAAAUCAACCACGUUUCGCUAAUUUACCAUCGAUUCAGAAAGCAAAAAAGAAACCGUUAACAAAAAUGACGCCGAGUGAAUUGAAUGUUGAUAUCAAACCACGACAAGAGUAUUUAACCUAUGAAGAACCACCAAAACGUAAAGGUGGCGGCAAACCACUUGCAAGCGUUGAAGAACUUGUCGUGGGUAAAACAUCGUUAAUAACGCGAUUCAUGUAUGAUAGUUUUGACAAUAUGUAUCAAGCAACAAUUGGUAUUGAUUUUCUAUCAAAAACAAUGUACUUAGAAGAUCGUACUGUUCGAUUACAAUUAUGGUGA